UUUUUGCUGAGUAUAAUAUGUUUGGAUUAUUUUUAAUAAUUUACUAUUCUAUUGCAUUGCUAUCUUUUCUUAUGGUACUGUUUAAUGCUAAAACGGAAGAUUUUUUUACAUUUGAAUUUUUUGAGCUUCUGUUGCUAAAAACAAAUAUUUCUGCAUUUUUAACUACUCUUUCUCUAUUUUUAUUUUUUUAUCUCUUUUAUGGAUUUUAUUUAAGUUUUUAUUAUUCUUUAGUAUAUUCUUAUUUAAUUGUUUAUAAUUUUUUUGUAUAUUAUUAUUUAUAUCUUCACUUUUUAUGGUCAUUUUUCUUUUAUUUAAUUUCUGAAUAA